CACUGUGUGCCCAUUACGCCUGUAGGUGUAAAAAAGAACCCUACACUUUUACGUUAUUUUCAUUUGUCAGUAAUUAUGUAAAUAUGGUUUCCUACAGUGUCAUUGAGUUUGCGUCAUCUUCUGACAUGCGAAAUGCAAUAGAGAAAUUGGACGGGACCGAGAUUAAUGGUCGCAAGAUCCGAUUGGUUGAGGACAAACCUAGACGCCGCAGCCGCUCACGCAGCAGAAGUAAACGCAGCAGCAGAUCUCAAAGUGGCAGCCGCUCAAGAAGCAGGAGCCGCAGCAGAUCUCCAAGCGACAGCAAACGACCAAAAUCUGGAAGCCGAUCAGUUAGCCCACCGAAUAAAAAGUCUGCUUCUAGAUCUCGUUCUGCAUCCAGAUCCCAUGACGAAGAUCCGGAUGUUGACAGAAAAAAUGAUGAUUGA